AUGUUUAGUGAUUGGGCCAACGUUGAAUCUGGGGUACGCGUCGCAAUGAUGUCUAAUCUUAAAGAGGGUAUACCACGUCGCUUUUUUAUUGGCCCCUAUCCAGUUGAAACCCGUUAUAGAGGUCAGGUGCCGCAGUGCGGUCGAUGUGGCCAAUAUGGGCAUCGUGUCGCAACGUGUGUCAAUGAUGUGAAGUGCUUUAAAUGUGGACAAGAUGGUCAUGUCAGACGAGAAUGCUUCAAAUGUUUUCAUUGUGGUCGGUUUGGUCAUGUGAGGCUGAAUUGUCCCGAGCACCCCCUGAACCAAGCGAUAGCCACCGACAACCAUCGUGAAGAAGACCAGAACAGCGAGAUCGAAGUGCAAAAUUCUCAACGUCGGCCGAGUCGGAAGAAUUCCGAUAGUGGCGACGCAUCCAUGAGCAGUAGCGACCACUCUGAUCAUGAUUCAGCGGACAAAAAACCCCAUUUGAGCAGUGGUGAUGAUUCCAUGCCUGAGAUGGACUCUCCGGAAGUGCAGCGCACAGCAUCGGAUCACAACAAACGCAAGGCUGAAGAUGAUCCUGCCGUAGCUGAUGGCCAACCUGAUCAACCCAAUGGUGCAUCCAAGCUUAAAAAGAAACGGCGGCGGAAAAAACGACGAUGA